CCAGCAUUGUCAGUAGCAGACAUCAUGGCUCAGCUGGUGGAGUGUGUCCCCAACUUCUCCGAGGGCCGCGACCCCCAGGUGAUCGACGCCAUCGCGGCCGCCGUCUCCGGCACGCCGGGCUGCAGCCUGCUGGACGUGGCCCCCGGGGCCUCCACCAACCGGACGGUCUACACCUUCGUGGGCUCACCUGCAGCCGUGGUGGAGGGGGCCCUGAACGCAGCACGGCGGGCCUUCAGCCUCAUCGACAUGAGCCAGCACUCAGGUGAGCACCCCCGGAUCGGAGCGCUGGACGUCUGUCCCUUCGUCCCGGUCCAGAACGUCUCGAUGGACGACGUCGUCCACUGCGCCGAAGAGUUCGGACAGAAACUGUCAGAGAUGCUGCACGUCCCCGUGUUCCUCUAUGGAGCAGCCGCCCGUACGGAGAGCAGAAGGAGUCUCCCGUCGGUGCGGAGCGGCGAGUACGAAGCUCUACCUGACAAGUUGAAGCUGGCCGACUGGUCACCUGACUUCGGCCCCGCCCUGUUCGUGCCGUCGUGGGGCGCCACGGUAACGGGCGCUCGCAAGUUCCUGAUCGCCUACAACGUGAACCUGAUCGCCACCAAGGAGCAGGCGCACCGCGUCGCCCUGGACCUCCGGGAGCAGGGCCGCGGGAAAGACCAGCCGGGGCGGCUGCAGAAGGUGCAGGGGAUGGGCUGGUACCUGGACGAGGCCAACAUCGCCCAGGUGUCCACCAACAUCCUGGACUACGAGCUGACCCCCCUCCACGCCGUGCACCAGGAGGUCUGCAGGCUAGCUGAGGACCUGAAGCUGCCGGUGGUGGGCUCUCAGGUCGUAGGCCUGAUCCCUCUGAAGGCCGUGCUGGACUCGGCCGACUUCUACAUCCAGAGAGACCGACUCUUCAUCGUCGAAGAGGAGCACAAAGUCCGGCUGGUGGUCAGUAAACUCGGUCUGGAUUCUCUCGGCUCGUUUAACCCAAAGGAGAGAAUCAUAGAGUACAUGGUGAGGACCCCAGAGAGCAGCCGUCUGGUGUCUCUGUCUCUGCAGCAGUUCGUCCAGAAGGUGGCGGCUCGCUCGGCGGCUCCCGGCGGCGGCUCGGUCUCGGCCGCCAUGGCGGCUCUGGGGGCGGCGCUGGGCUCCAUGGUGGGUCAGAUGACCUACGGGAGGAGACAGUUCGAGGACGUGGACGGCGUGAUGCGGAGGCUGAUUCCUCCGUUCCACCAGGCCGCCGGAGAGCUGCUGCUGAUGGUGGACGCCGACGCCGAGGCCUUCAGCAGCUACAUGGCGGCGCUGAAGAUGCCCAAGAACACCGCGGAGGAGAGGAAGGGGAGGGAGGCCUCCCUGCAGGCCGGGCUGCGCCGGGCGAUCUCUGUGCCCUUGGCUCUGGCUGACAGGAUCAGCGUCCUGUGGGCGCCGCUGAAGGAGAUGGUCGUCUACGGGAACAUCGCCUGCAAGUCAGACGCUCAGGUGGCAGCUAAAGCUCUGGAGGCGGCUGUUGUUCCUGACGCCUUCAAGAUGGAGACUCAGGAACGAGCGGCGCUGUUGCUGCAGGAAGCGAAGACGAGCGCCGCCGCCGUCCUGCUCGCUGCCGACGAGAGGAAGUGAAGCUCAUAUUCAGAGAGACGAGUUAAUGUUCUAUAUUCAUAAUAUACCUGAAGUGAAGCGUCAGCUCAUCUUCUCCACUUCCUGUCUCCGGGUCAGAGGUCACACGUUCAGCAGGAAUUCCUUAGGGCUGAUAUCUUUAACUUUUUAUUCAGAUAAAAAGGAAACGUUGAAACUCUUAAUAUUAUUCUAAGUAUCAUUAUUCUUAUGACUUCUGAUUCAACGUUGAAGAUUAAAUACAGAAUAUUAUAUCAAUGUCAUAUUGUAUGAUUAUUAGGGCUGUCAAUCGAUUAAAAAAAAUUAACUAAUUAAUCGCACAUUUUGAAAUUGCGAUUAAUUAAUCGCGAUUAAUCGCUUAAAAGUUUUUUCCUUCUUUUUAAAGACAAAACUUGACACAGAGCUGUGUUUUCAAAGAGGCUCCUACAUAUAAAGUGCCAGCGAGGGAUUUAAUAUCGUGGAUGAUAAAUUGUUUCUUCAGUGAAACAUCAGAUUAGUAAAAAAAAAAAAAAGUAUAUAGAGACCCCAUUGGUCCUGUCAUCUUUACCACUGAACAGCAGAACCAGUGGCCUUGGUGACUGACUGACAUUCACAUAUGUCACGUUCACCCUCUGGAGGCUGGGGGCAUUUUAUACAUUUUACAAACAAACAAAAAUUCACCGUUUAAAGUCUUUUGCAUGUGACACACCCCCACGUGUUAUACAUCAAACAUUCCAGAACAAUCUCAGCUCUAUUCAAUGAGGCUCAUUGUCCUCGCGCCGUGUUCUCUGUUCUCUGACUGACUGGCUGCUAUAUGAGCCUAACCUGUGAGGUGGGAGGUCCUUUGUGAUUUACUGAGUGUUCAUUGGUUGUUUUUUCCCCGAAAUGCUGACAGACAAACGGAUUGACCAAUCACGGUGAAGGUUUCGUGUGACGAGUUCUUUCCGCGCCGCGUCCCCCGACACGUCGCCCCUCCGUUCCUCUGUGUGUCAGAGGGGGAGACGGGAGGAAGGAGGAGCAGGAGGAAACCCGACUGAUUCAUCCACGAGUUAAACUCAUUUAUGAUCCUUAUUUUCGCUGAGAAAUAAUUGUUUUAAAAACGGAAACAGUGUCAAACCGUACUGCCGCGGUUUAAAAAAUAUAUAUAUAUAUUUUAGUGCGUUAACGCGGCCAAAUUAAUCGCAUAGAUUAACGCAUUAAUGCUGAUAGCCCUAAUGAUUAUUCUUUUGGAUAAUGAUGGUCAGAAAAGGGGAAACUCUUAUUGUGAAAUAAUUAUUACAUUUUAUUGUGUUAUUCUGCGUGGAUUCUAACCCAGAACCCCGUGGGAAGUACAUUUCCGUUUCCUGUUUUGGGAAACGGCGUCACCACGAAGCCUCAGACGGCUGCUUCCUGUCACAUUUCAAAAUAAAACAUCUUUCCGGCUUUGA